AUGCUGCCUACGACAGAGAAAGUGAAGAAACCACCACCUCUCAAGAAAAGACAUACAAAACCAUGCAAGUUCUUUCAGAUCGCACAAUGUCCCAAGUCCGCCGAAGAAUGCAACUUUGCUCACGUCAUCGGUCCUACACCAGUGAAUCGAAGCUCCAAGGCGUGUCGUUACUUCCUAUCGGGGAGUUGUUCGAACGGCCUGUGGUGUCGAUUUGUUCACCCCGUAGACCCUGAUCUCCCUUCUAUGAGCGACAAACUAGCAGAUAUCAAAAGAAAUGAUAAUUCCUUGAAAACCAGUCAGGCAGCAGGGGAGCCGCCACUUCAUUAUCCGUGCUACGUAGCGUCUCCGCCGCCCUUUUCCGGAGUCUAUGGCGGAGCGCCGCCGCUAUGGUCGCCGUCUCUUCCACAUCAUCCAGAUCAGUGCUAUCCUUUCCCUCUGCCGACGUCGCCGAUUAGCUCGCCUUCCGAUGAGACCGCGUCUGUGGAGAAAGAUCGCGACGGUCGUGAUUAUACGAGCCCCAUUAUUGUUCCCGUCCAUGGCCAAACAACGAUCGUUUCUCCUUCCUUUGCUCCUAACGCGUUCAAUUCAAGGCAUCCUACCUCUACCCGUCAGACCUCUCAGACAUGUUCUACGGCGGCGUUGAAAUAUAAAACUAAACUUUGUAGAUACUACAAAGCGGACCGGAAGUGUCCGAACGGUGAUUCCUGUCGGUUUAUCCAUGAACAAAUUGGAGAGAAGGGACCGACGCCAGAACGGCCGCCUUUGAAUAAUAACUUGCCCCCAAAACCCACGUCGUUGAAGGAAGAGAACAUGAAAAGAGGAUACUUCCCCGUCUCAUGGCGUGUCAUUGGCGGAGGUGUCCUCAUGGGAACGAGCCCCAAUCAUUCGCGGUCAAAUAACCACGGGUCUACAACUGUGACGCUAGCUUAUGAGAACGCAAGUGAUGUCGAUUCGGACAAAACUUCCGAUGUCGAUGUCGACGAGACGCGCGAAGACUCAGACCCGGAACCUCUACGGCCCGUACCGCUAUCGCUCGAUUUCAAGGUGAGGUUUCCUGAAUGGGAUACCGAUUUGUCGGACAAGGAGAAGGAGAGAGAAUCGCCUGCAAAGGUCGCCCCACGGGUUCGAGCUAUUUCUAUUCCUGCUACGCCUACGAUGGCUCAUAUACAAACUCAUUUCUCUGCCGAGUCGUGA